AUGCCGAAUCUGAAACAGCCCGACUCCCCCACUACAACUCCCACUAAUCAGGCGGAUCAGAUUCGUAGCAGCAUGAGGGUAGCCAACUUGAUCACAGCUCCAGCUACUGCAGCUUCUGAAGGAUUGACACAGGAUACAUUGGCUCCUACCCCUCCAGCUCCACAGACCAUCACCUCUACCGAGGAGCAUGUUGACAUCUCAGAGACCAACAUGUCGGAGCUCAAUGAAGUCGACACUGAUGGUCACUCUGAGCUCUUGUAUGAACCCAUGCAAGUUACGAAUGGAAACUCUCUGUUUAAGGAGGAGGACCACACGGACGAAUCUUCUGAUGUCAUGAAUGAUACCCCUGAAGGUGACGCUGAAGACGAUGCUAUAGAUGUCCCAGAUGCUGAGAGGGAGUUUAUUUGCAUGAACGAUCCUUGUGGUCGUUGCAUGACAGGCCAGUACACCAAGGACCUCUCACGCAAGGUGAUUUCCGACCACUUCGGCCGCAACAAGGCUUGCACACGCGACAUUGUAGACUGGCCCCUCUUCUGCCGCAAACACUACCAGCGUGCCACGUACAACAAGCCGCGCUGGCAAGUCCGCAAGAUGGAGCUCAUUCUUCGUCAGUUUGACCUGAUCGAGAAGCAGUUCCCCGGCACCACCUACGACAUCCACUUCAAGAAGUCCGAGGAGGCACGCCUCAACCUGUACUCUCGCCUACUAGCCAACGGCAAGACACACGAGGAGGCCAGACAGUGUGUUCUUCCCGUCGUCGGCAAGCACUUUGAGGCUCCGAUUGAUGUGCUGCGCGAGCUUGAUCACUGGCUCAGCAAGGACAAGACCUAUGAGGGCGUUAGAGAGAUUGCCGAUAUAAUCUCACAAAUGCUUGACGCGGGCGACACCGAGCAAGUUCCUUCUGUGGAGUUCUUGCCUAAGAUCCCCGGCAAGGCCAAGAAGUCUCCUUCAAAGGCUCGCGUCUCCAAGUCUCCACGGACUCCCAGGGAUUGCAAGACUCCAAAGAGCCCUUCCACCCCGAGUCGCGUCUCCGCCAAGGGCUCUAUCAAGAAGCCAUCGAGCCAGGCUUGA